GAGGAAGGGGAAGGCAGGGGGAUCCCCCCACUUUCCUCACACCGGACGCAGGGUGCCACUGCUGGCCACAGAAACCCCUAGGCUCCUCUUUCUAUUCAGAGACCAUCUAUUGUGCGCCAGGCCCUGUGCUGAGCGGUUGACGCCUGACAGCAGGGAAAGUGCGGCUCUGGCUUCCGUGCAGAGGCCCCAAGAGCCUCCUCCGCACAAACACGUCCGGAACUCAGUGGAUGUUUGUGGGCUGCAACCGGGCGAGAACGCCGACUCUGCCACAGUAGCACGGACGGACUAACUGAAGGCUAGGGAGGGGACCUGAGGCGCGCGAAGCGCCGGCGGGAACUCUUCAGGUGUCACCAAGUUGGGAAGGUGCCACGGCGGAGGGCACAGACUCUUGGGGCUAAGGCGUCCCCGCCCCGCGCGCCCGGAGUCAAGAUGGCCGCCGCGGAGGGGGCGGGGCAGCUCCGAGACCGGGCAGGAGGGGGGCGGGGCCGCCUUGGCGGAGCUGGUGCGCAGGCGCAGGCCGCUCGGGGUCCCGGAUGAAGGAGCUGAGCAAGGGUAGGUUACAAGAAGCCUGUGGUCGUUGGGGCUAGAGCUUGACUCUGGAGAGAGGAAAGGAAGAAUGGAAGCCUGGUGAAGAGGCAGAGAAGCCUGCGGGAGCUCAGUCCGAGCAGCAACACCCCUGAGUUCCCGGUGGUGAGAGGAUGUGGCCCCUGGACCCGUCCAGGAAAGAGGUGCUGAGGUUUGCAGUCAGCUGCCGUGUCCUGACUCUGGUGCUGCAGGCUCUCUUCAAUGCCAUCAUCCCCGAUCACCAUGCAGAAGCCUUCUCUCCUCCUCGCCUCACCCCUUCAGGCUCUGUGGACCAAAUCGUCGAAGGUCUUCUGGGUGGCCUGUCUCACUGGGAUGCUGAACACUUCCUGUUCAUUGCUGAGCGUGGCUAUCUCUAUGAGCACAACUUCGCCUUCUUCCCUGGCUUCCCCCUGGCUCUCUUGGUGGGAGCUGAACUACUGAGGCCCCUGUGGCCAUUGCUGAACCUACGAAGUCGCCUGUUAAUCUCAGUAGCGCUGCUCAAUUCCUUGUUCUCCGUGCUGGCCGCUGUCGCACUUCACGACCUGGGCUGUCUCGUUUUGCGCUGUCCCUGCCAGGCCUUUUAUGGAGCCCUACUCUUCUGCCUCAGCCCCGCCAAUGUCUUCCUGGCAGCUGGUUACUCAGAAGCUUUGUUUGCCCUCCUGACGUUCAGUGCCAUGGGACAGCUGGAAAGGGGCCGAAGCUGGACUAGUGGCUUCCUCUUUGCCCUUGCCACUGGUGUACGCUCCAACGGGCUGGUCAACAUUGGCUUCCUCGUAUAUUCUCAGUGCCAAGGCUUUCUGUCCUCUCCCAUGGUGCUGAAUCCUCUGAGACCACUCUUGAAACUAAUGGGCUCUGUAUUCCUGUCUGUGUUCGCGCUUGGCCUUCCCUUUGCUCUCUUUCAGUAUUAUGGCUAUACCCAGUUCUGUCUGUCAGGCUCAGUCCGCCCCAUCCCGGAGCCCUUACGGCAGUUAGCCAUGGACAAAGGCUACCGGACUGUGGAGGGAAAUGAGCCACCUUGGUGCUCCUGGGAACUGCCCCUAAUAUAUAGCUAUAUCCAGGAUAUCUACUGGAAUGUUGGCUUUUUGAGAUACUAUGAGCUCAAGCAGGUGCCCAAUUUCCUUCUGGCCACACCAAUGGCUGUCCUGGUUGCCGGGGCAACAUGGACAUAUGUGACCACCCACCCUUGGCUCUGCGUUACGCUGGGGAUGCAGAGGAGCAAGCACAGUAAGACCCCAGAGAAACCUGACCGCGGAUUCCUCGGCCCUCGGGUGUUUGUGUACCUGGUCCAUGCCACGGCGCUGGCGCUGUUUGGUGGUCUCUGCAUGCACGUUCAGGUUCUCACCAGGUUUCUAGGUUCCUCCACUCCUCUCGUGUACUGGUUUCCAGCUUAUUUGCUUCAUAAUCAGGAGCCACUGCUGAGAUCCCUAGAGACCGUGCCUUGGAAGCCCCGUGUAGGGGACUCCCUACCAGGACAAAUGGUCCCCAGAAAUUCCAUCAUGGGACUUUUAUACAACUGGAAAACCUGUUCUCUAGUCACACGAUGCAUUCUGGGCUACUUCCUGUCUUACUGGCUCCUGGGACUGCUCCUACAUUGCAACUUCCUACCUUGGACAUGACCCAGAGUCUCAGGGGCUUGGAAGUACAGAUCCACACUGGGACUGUCUGUGUUACCCCGGGACCUUUGCUCUGUCCUUUGGGAAUCUCCAGUCUCUCUGAAGGCUGGUCAGGAACGGGAGAAGUGUGAGCCACUGGAGAGCCCCGUCUGGUCCCGGCUAUGGCAAAUUUUAGAGUAGUACCUAUUUUCUCUGUAAGUGAAGAAAUCUCAUUCUCCAAGUCUAAAUAAAGUACACUUGCAUUUGUCUCAUCAACCAAGCAUAGCAGAGAUAGUUGUAAACUUUAAAGUGUAAACACAUCUUGAGACCUGCCUUAAUGUCAGUCUCAUCAAAGGCUCUAGCCAACGGGCUGCUAAUAGUCCACACAGGAUGGUGGAGGCCUGAACAAUGUCCUGGCAGUAGUAAGUAAAGUAGGACCAUCUUUUUAAAAUGGAACAUUGUUUCUGAAUAUUUUCAUGAUUUGUUCAUAUAUAUAUAUGAAAAACCUUACAAAGAUAUGCAAAUUAAACAACUUUUGGUUAUGCAUGCAA